AUGGAUAAAUACAGCGAAGUGCAGAGUGCAGUAGAGAGUUUAAAAAGCACAGUAGAAAUGUCGUUAGAAAAAGUAAAAGACUGCGCCAGCGGGUACACGAUGGACACGAUUGUGUAUAAAAAAGAAUCCAUACCGUUUCCAAAAGAAAUAGAAGAAACAGCGCAAGACGAAGGGCACGCGGGGCUGAUUGAAGGGGUGUCCUCUGUCUGGGCAGCAAACCGCGGAAAGCUUGUCAUCUGGAACUACAACACACACAUGAUAAACGAAAUAGAAACAAAAACACAGAAGGUGCAGGCUGUCUUUGCAAUCAAGCCAGGCAAUGACAUCUUCACGUCAAAUGUGCAGCACUGCAUUCUUCUGUUUACAGAGACGAGCGCCAGCAUGAUGUGUCUAUGCAAAAGCCCAGUGGCGUACAUCAGCAUGGACAUAACGGUAGACUUGCCUGUGGUGAUGACAUGUGUCUGCGAAACAGACGAUGGCAGAGUUUUUAUGGGGGGCGCAGAUGGAAACAUAUACGAGUUUGUCUAUAAAGAAAGCAGCUGGCUGAAAGGAUACUCUGCAAAGAUUGUGUCCCAUACGCACGGAGUGAUGGCACAUAUUCUGCCCUUUUUGUACGCAAUGGGCCACAAGCCUGCAAUAAAGCAAAUGGUGACGACCUACAAAGGGAUGCUUGUGCUGUUUGAGGACAACACCCUGGAGGCGUACGAGCUGAAGAAGUAUCUAAAGAAAAUAAGAACAGCUGAUCUACCAGAGCUAAACACCAAACACCACAUACAGCUAGUGAAGGUAGAUAGAAGAAGCUACUCAGCCUACCUUAUUCUCCCAGACGCAACCCGAAUCUUUUUGGACGACAAUGCAUAUGCUAUAGGAAAAAGGCCCAUGCCCUCCACAAGGAUAAGAUCGCGGCUGGCUACACACAGCACGAUAAAAAACGAAAGAUUUUACCAGAUAGGAAAGAACUUGGUAAGCAUAGGACAGAAGGACAGCGAUCCAGUUAUCACAAUCAUCAUAUCAAACCAAAAAGACACAGCAAGCCCUGAGAACUGCUGCACUGUCAUAGCAGGCGCAGAGUACACGCACGUAGCUCCAUCCGGGAGAAAGCAUGCGCCAAAUCUAGCAGAGAGUCUUAUUGUGGGCGAAGAAGUUGCCUUCUUAGCGCCAAACAAAGUGGAUCUGUACCACAUUAUGAACGGAGUAGAGCUGAUGGAAAGAGCAUGCACAAACCCAGAAGGGAUGUUUGCAUUCAUACAGAGAAACGGGCCAGAGCAGGCGCUUAUCUCAGCGCUGUAUGCAGUGUCAGAGGGCGCAGUGUCUCCUGCUAUAGACAGCCUUUUCAAAAAAACAGAGGGCCUCCAGAAGAAGUCCAUCUCAAUGUGUGCAGCAACUUUUAUCUACAAAAUAUGGAACGUUGACAUAUAUGCCAUACUCAAAGAAGACAUAGGCAUAGACGUAAGCGAGUACAUUGAGGAAGUAGACAGCGCAAUAAAAAAAACAAGAAAGCUGAAGAACUUUGUUAUCAGAGAGUGCACAAGCAUCAAU